UUGAAGCUCUACAACACGAUGAUGCAGCAGAAGGAAGUUUUGAAACCAAUCAAUCUUGAGCUCAUGAUCAAUCCUGGCAAAGUCAGAAUGUAUGUCUGUGGAAUCACAGCCUAUGAUUUGAGACACAUCGGCCAUAACCGCGCUGCCAUUUUCUUCGACGUCCUAUACAGAUACUUGAAGCAAUUGGGUUACGAAGUUUAUUACGUCAGGAUUUUCACAGAUGUUGAUGACAAGAUAAUCAAACGUGCUAAUGAGAAUGGAGAGAAGCCGUUAGAUUUGAGUAAACGUUUUUGCAAGGAGUAUUGGGUGGAUAUGGAAGCUCUUCAGUGCCUACCUCCCACAGACGAGUAUUAUCUCCGCAACCAUAUUGAUGAUAUUAUAAUCAAUAUUGACAACAUUAUCGAGAAAGGCUUGGGGUAUGCUAUGAAAGGAGAAGAUGUGUUCUUAUAUGUCGAGAAAUUUACAGACUAUGGUAAAUUUUCGUGUCAACUGCUGGAACAUAAAUGGGGUGGCGAGCAAGUUGAGGUUGAUCCUAGAAAGCGUAAACCUGCUGUUUUUACAUUAUGGAAAGCUGCAAAACCUAAUUGGGAAAGCUCGUGGGGUCAACGAGUAAAACCAAGAUGGCACAUCGAGAGUAGUGCUGUGAGUGCUCAUUAUCUGUCUCCGAGUUUCGUAGUUUAUGGUGGUGGUGCAGAUUUGAAAUUCCCACACCAUGAAAACAAGCUCGCUCAGACAUGUGCUGUAUGUGAUGAUGGUGGCGUGAGUUACUGGUUGCAUAAUAGGCAUGUAACUAUCAAUAACGACAAGAUGGCGAAAUCAUAGAAGAAUCUUUAUGAGUCUAUUGAGAAAAAGAAGGC